AUGCAUGAAGACGAACUGCGUCGUCUUAAUGAUCGUCUUGACUUAGUGAUCGAGGCUGUUCAAACUGCCAAGGACGACACUACAAAUACCGUCCAGGAUUUACAUGCCCGUCAGCAGCAGCAGGAUUUGCAAUUUCAUCAAUUAGACGAAAAGCUUAGUCAGAUGGAUGACCAACUUACUCGAGGGUUCAAUGGUUUAUCCGAAAAGUUUAGCAGAAGUCAAAGCACGAGGCUCAAAGCCACCAGUACUUCCGUUGAGCAACAGUUAGCAGCUAACCACGUUUUCUCACCGUCGGCGGUAAUUCGCGACACCUAUUCUCCCAAUCGUGCCGCGUCCAUCUCCUGCUAUGAACCCUCUGGAAUUCCACAUCAGACGAUCAUUAUACCUUCCUCAGGUAAUGCGCCUGUUUACAGUGGCAAACCCAUAGAAAAACCACGCCCAUUUUUACCGAAAUUACAGCUAUACACUGAAACUAUUUACAAUUGGUCUCCGGAAACACUUCUUCGCGGAUCCCGAUUUCUGGAUGGUACAGCUCUAGAAUGGUACUCCCAACUUCGUCUCAGUGGUCGUAUUCAGCCCACAUGGUUAGAGUUUCAACGGUUAUUUCUUCAACAAUUCACGUCGUCAUGA